AUGCCUUUAUUUCUGGGAACCACCGUGUUUUCGUCGUCUCAGUUUCCGUCACGAAGUCACGGGUGUAUGUGUGACGCAGUUAGUGCAGAGAAGUGCAGUGUUUUCGUUCUUUUUGUGGUUUUUCUUAAUAUUUGUAGUUACAAAAAGGUAAUUAUGGAAGUUGAAGUUAAAGAUUACCUAGACAAAUGGGGUCUGGCCCAUUUAUGGGAGAGUUUUCAAGAACAGGGUGUAGAUUUUGCAGCCUUUAUUAACCUAACGGAGGAUUUAAUAAAGGAACUUAUUCCAAAAAUAGGAGAUAGAGCAAAGUUUUUGUCCCACUUUAAACGUUUAAAAACUGACAUCUGUAUUGUGGAUAUCGAGAGUUCUGAUGGUCCAUCUACCAGCAAACGGAACCAUAGCGUGUCUGAUUUGAAUUUUAUUUCACGACCUCUCUAUAAUUUGGAAAAUUCGUUGUCACCUGCUUCAACGACAUCAUUAAACAGUUUGGCUGUCGAUGAAAAUCCAAUAUUAUCUGAUGCUAGCUUUACUUCUAUCUGCUCGACUCCUUCACAGUCAUCUACACCGUUAAAUGAAAUUAUAUCCAAAGAGUACGAGGAUUUUUUUCAAGAUAAAGCACUAGAUUUUGUACCUGUUCCCUAUAAAAGGCAAAAUGCCUUCAUUGGCAAUCCCACAGUAGGGGAUGAACCAAUUACCUAUGAUUUUGACCUAAAAAAAUGUUUAAAAAAAAGUGUUAAGGGACGUCAGUUGUUGCAAACAAAGUCCUCUGAAACGUCAUUAACACCUACCCUACAGAACAAUCUAGUAUCAAUCAUUAUUGAAGAAGAAUUGCGAACCCAUUUGGACAAAAGAACUCCUUCAAGACGGUUUAUUCAGCUUGCACGCUAUAUUAAACAGUUAUUUCCAAAGGAAAGAAUUGAAACAUAUUAUACACCGUACGUCAACGUGGAUGGAAAAUACAAAAAAGACUAA